AUGGCAAAAUGCACCACUUUCCCAAUCCUCUUCCUCUUCCUUAUCUUCCCACAACCAUCACUCUCUCAAGAGAACAAUUUUGUUCGACAGCCAGCUAGUCAACUCAUCAUCACGCCCCAUCAACGCUCAAACUCAGAACCUCAACAGGUGCAUGUUUCAUUGGUGGGGAAAGACAAGAUGAGAGUGUCGUGGAUAACAGAAGACAAGGAAGCAAAAUCUGUGGUGGAGUAUGGGAAAAAAUCAGGGGUGUAUGAUGAAAAAACAAUUGGUGAGAAAACCUCGUACCAGUAUUUUUUCUACAAAUCUGGUAAAAUUCAUAACGCAGUGAUUGGGCCAUUGGAGGCAAACACGAGUUACUUUUACAGAUGUGGAGGUUUGGGUCCGGAGUUUUCUUUCAAGACACCACCGUCCAAGUUUCCCAUUGAAUUUGUCAUUGUUGGAGACUUGGGACAAACUGAAUGGACAGCAUCAACCUUAAAACAUGUCGGAAAAAAAGACUACGAUGUGUUCUUGUUACCAGGAGAUUUAUCCUAUGCAGAUUCACAACAACCAUUAUGGGAUUCUUUUGGUCGUUUAGUAGAACCAUAUGCUAGCAAAAGACCAUGGAUGGUAACCGAAGGAAACCACGAAAUCGAAAUCUUUCCAUUUAUAUACCCAAAAGGCUUUGAAGCUUACAACACACGUUGGCCAAUGCCAUUUAAAGAAAGUGGUUCAAACUCAAAUCUCUACUACUCUUUUGAAGCUGUCGGAGUUCAUAUCAUUAUGUUAGGUUCAUAUGCCGAUUUUAAUGUUGAUUCGGAACAAUAUGAGUGGCUUAAACUAGACCUUGCUAAGAUCGAUAGAGCGAAGACACCUUGGGUUAUCACAUUGGUGCAUGCUCCUUGGUAUAAUACUAAUGAGGCACAUCAAGGUGAAGGUGAAGCCAUGAGAGAAGCUAUGGAAGAGUUGCUUUAUAAUGCUCGGGUUGAUUUGGUUUUCGCUGGACAUGUUCAUGCAUACGAACGCUUCACUCGAAUUUAUGAUAACAAGGUUGAUUCGUGCGGUCCAAUUUACGUGACAAUCGGAGAUGGAGGAAACCGCGAGGGACUUGCAUUAAAGUUUAAGAGUCCUCCAAGUCCUCUUUCGUUGUUUCGAGAACCAAGCUUUGGUCAUGGAAGGUUACGAAUACUAAAUGAAACUCAUGCAGAAUGGUCAUGGCAUCGCAACAACGAUAAGGAUGCAGUUAUAGCUGAUAGAAUCUGGAUAGAGAACUUAAGCAAGGUCCAAGAUUGCUGUGAUAUAUCAAAUUCUCAACAAGUUGUUAAUGAAGAGCUGUAA